UCCACGCUUUAAUGAGGCCAACCGCCUCCUCCCCUCUCUUUCUCUCUACUCUCUAGCAUGGUCUCUACUGUUCUUUCAUUGGUAACAGUAAACCACACGAGUAGCAUCAGUUGACAGGCGCCGUUCCUCUCUCUUUCUCUCUGCAAUUAUAGUUGCUCCACCACUAUCUUCAUAAACCCUCACCCAAUUCUACUUGUCUCUCUCAUCGAAGUUCAAAUACGAAAAGAAAUCAUGCUGGUUUCUUCACAUCUACUUCCUCACUGGCUUCAAGUUCUUUUCACAGAGAAGUUCUUCAACGCUUGUAUAAUUCACGAAGAAGCAAAGAAGAAUGAAAAGAACAUAUACUGCUUAGACUGUUGCAUCAGUAUAUGCCCUCACUGCUUGUCUCCCCACAACUCUCACCGCCUCUUGCAGAUAAGAAGGUAUGUUUAUCACGAUGUAAUAAGGCUGGGCGAUGCUCAGAAGCUGUUCGACUGCGCCUUUGUUCAAUCCUACACCACUAACAGCGCAAAAGUGGUAUUUUUAAACCCAAGGCCUCAAACAAGACAAUUCAGAGGCUCCGGCAACGUGUGCGGCACCUGUGACAGAAGUCUACAAGACCCUUAUCUCUUCUGCUCUCUUUCCUGCAAGGUUGAUUGUAUCAUUAAAACAAAAGGUGUGAGUGGGCUCUCAAGUUUUCUCUUUGAUUGCAACUUUUUGUCCUUAUCCGAGCCGGUUUCAGACGACGGUUUGAUGACUCCAGACUCAGUGCUUGAACCGAACGCUUCAACCCGGACAUCUUCUAGUUCAGGUGGGUGUGGUGGGGUUGGGUGCAGGACGCUUGCUUGCACUGCUACAACUGAGAUUGUGAGAAAGAAAAGGAGUAGUUUGUCGGCUUGCCGGCCAAUAUUCCCACGGAUAUCCGAAAUGUCGGCUGGUAUGAUGAACCGGAGAAAGAAGACUCCGAACCGGGCUCCGCUCUAUUGAAUAGCGUAGAACAACGGCGGGAGAGAGUAGUGAGGGAGGGGGAGAUAUAUUUGGUAAUUUAUUGUUUGUAGGAGGGUAAUUUGGGGACAAUGAAUGAAAACUCUGCCUCACUCUCUCACUCCAAUUUUAGUGGUUUGGUUCUGGCAAAUCAAAUUAUUCAAUUUUAGUGUUUUGCUGCCUUUUCUUCA